UCAGAUGCGUGCCUGCCUGCUCCGGCAACACACCUUGGCGGCGGCGCGUGCGAUUGGCUGCAGGGGGGUGCAGGGCGCAGACAGCCAACCUCUGGCCCGGGUGAUUCAUUCCAACUCAUCUUAGAUGAUGACUGAGCUCGGCCGGAGCAGUGCAAGUGUCCCAUGUCAUCGCGACGGCCGCGCUUGGCUUGGGGGAGAUAAGCCCCUUAUCGAUAGUCACGGCGCUGCCAUCCGCAUGACGCAAUCCCCAACAGGCCUGGCACGAGCACGGCCUGCUCAGCCUCGACAAACCGGUUUCUUUGUGCUGCUCAACAUGUCGCAAGCAGCCAUCGUCGCCAGAAGGGCAGAGCACGCAUGCAGCCGAGCAGGCCCAGGGUCUGAAGGGCCACGGGAGCUUCAGGAUGCCCUCAGCUCCGGGCUCGCGUCCCCAACGCGGUCAGAUGGAGGGGGAGGGUCAGGAGGUCCCGAGUCUAAUGCAGCCCCUUAUCAGCCAGCCAGCACCCCAUCCGUCUCCCGAGGCACCGCCGCCCGCCAUCAGGGUGGCCCCCAAUCUCCCGGCCUUAUCAUUCUCCGUUCCACCAAGGCAGGAGGGAGCACGCCCGUCCUCGGAGACGCGAUAAGAGAGAGUUGCGUCGAGGAUUCGCGUUACAACCUUCGCUGAAAACAGUCGCGAGCUGUCUGGGCACCGGGCUGAUCCGGGUCGGAGUCCAUGGCUCUCCUGGCUGACAACCAGAGGAUAACGGCCAGAAGCUGUCUGAUUCCCAGGUCGAAUCAUGCCCGCAGGUGACGACAUGUGCUCUGGUGACGGAGGCAGUGAUGACAGAGCAGUCAUCGC